AUGGAUUGUUUGGGGCUGUCUGGUCAUGGGCGGAUGAGACGAAACCAGUACGGUCUUCGUCGGAUGGAUGUCUCUAUUGGUGUUCUCUUGACAAAUCCGAGCCAGCAGCACGAUAAAGGGCGACGCGUCCGUAAAAUUAUAAUGUCCGGAGAAGAAUGGGGCCCGGCGAGCACGAGGGAUGUUGCAGCCCAUGCGGAAGAAACACCCAAGUCCUCCGUAAUUUACCACAAACUGGGGCCCGAAGCACUGAUAAAAGGCGUAUAUUUAGAGCAGCAGCCUCUCUUUUGGAUCAUUACGCUCAACGCUAGUUGUUUCCUGCAGGUAAUUAUUCAAUGUGCACAAAUGAACUAUUCGAUAACCAAGCGGCUGAAUGUGGAAAGGCUAAACGGACGAACCUCCGCCGCGGCUGAGCAAGACAAAUCCGAUAACUAUUUAUGGACCGAAGAAAGAAAAUGGUGUGGGCUGAAGUUUGAAAAAGGUAUCCAAGGCUUCAGGAUCAAAGGACAGCCUUCCCACUGUUGGUCAUCCUAA